AUGGCCGCCGUCGAGCCACUCCUCGACCGCACCGUUCGCUCCGUUCGCGCACGGCUCUUGCACCCUCGCCUGUGGAGCCUGCAAGAACUGUGCCGGCGCUGCCUCGUAUCGGCGCGUUCGCUGCCCGAGUGGAAGGCCCUGACGCAAAGCUUCGCCGAGCGUGUCAGGCGUCGGGCCUGCCUCUUCUCGAUCGCGCACUUCAGCGGUUGCGGGGUCAACUUCUGCCUGCACCGCUACUUCUCCGAGUCGGACCACCCCUCCUACUGGAUCAGCUGCACGCUGGACCGAAAGUCCUACAUGGCGGUCAGGGCAUCGAACUACAACGCGGACCGGCUGCUGGAAGACGACGACCUGUGGCACUGGGCUCGCCUCGACCACCCGCACGUGCUGUCGGUGCUGGCAGUGGCGUGCAACGCGCCUGGCAUCCAGGUGUACCUGGUGACCCUGUCGCCCGACGACGGUCUCGAGCACUUCGCCGGCAUCCUGGCCGUCAGGGAUCUCUGCGUCCGCGAGCUGCACCUGUGGAAGUUCCUCCACCAGCUGUGCUCGGCUCUCAUCUACCUCCGAGGUCAGGGCUUGGCGGUGGAGCCGUUCGACUUCUUCAACGUGUACCUGCGCCACACCGACCUGGUGCUCAACAACGGGCUCGUGUGGAACCAGCGCCGCUUCGAGAUCACCUCGCUGCCCGGUUCCCUGUGGUCGCUCCUGCUGCGGCCGGACGACGACUUCGCCGCCGUCUACGCGGCAGUCUCGACCGCCCAGCACGAGGCCAGGGCCUUCUCGGUCGCCGUAGUCGUAGCUCAGCUGGUGGCUCUGGCCAUCAGCGACGACGCCGCCGGCGCAGCCGGACGUCAGCGCAGUUCCACUUCCGGAAGCCUCCAGGCCGUGCACCGCAUCUACGGCAUCGAGCUCGUCUCGUCGCCAUGCUCGUACGGCCAGCAGCUGGUGUCCACGCUGGCCGAGAUGUUCCGGAGUCCCCAGCCCGCGCUGGAAGCUGUCCGGGACAGGGCCGGCGUGAUGUAUGCGUCCAUGGCGUCGUUGGACGCCCGUUGCUGAAGAGAUGGACGCCGUGUAUCGCGAUUUUUGUGUGAAACGAUUUUGUUGUACGUAAAUAUACGGCGCAGCCGUCUUUUGAUGCGCCGAACGUAGAGAUGUGUCAAUGCUAGUGUUCCGGCUGCACAAACACCGUAUAAUUUAGCUACAGCA